CUCCGCCGCUUCCGGCGCGACCCCGGGCCCGCGGGCGCCGCUGCUUUCCGGAGGCCGAGGCGGUGGGGACCCGCGUCUCUCGCCCCCUUCCCAGGUGAGAGCGUGGGCAUCGUCGCCGCGCGCAGGCAGGACUUCGGUGGAGUAUUGCUGAUCGUACAACAAUGAAGAUUAUGGCGAGGAGUAUAUCCCCCCUCCUUUAAUGGCUUUAGGUGUUUAAGGCAGAUGAAAAAUACACAAACGUGAAUUGAAGUUAGUCUCAGGUGUGGUGCAAGGAGAACUGGGGACCUAGGGCGAACAUCUUGCACGUCCGUAAAUCACAAGGAAGGAUUUCAACUGCUUCAACUGGUGUGUGGACCAAACAUUGCUCAUCUCCUUCCAUACUGCCCAGUGCUGUUUUCAUCCCCAUCCCUCUUCCAGCAGUGGCUUCUUCUUGGGCUUAGAGACGACAUUCCUGCAGACUUCGGAAGCUAGAGAAAGAAAUGAACGCUGAAUUGUGCUCAUGAAGAACCCUUACAUGGAUCAAGAGGCAGUCGUUCAAACAGAACAAGGGAAUACUGCAUGGUUUAAAGGCCAGAAAGGGUUCUACAUAUACAGUCGCUAUGAGUCGGAAUCGACUCGACAGCAAUGGGUUUGGUUCGGUCUCAGUGGUCAUUGAGGAUGUGGCCGUGGUCUUUAGCCAUGAAGAGUGGGCUUUGCUAGAUCCUGCUCAGAGGAAACUCUACAGAGAUGUGAUGAUGGAAACCUUUAGAAACCUUGCCUCAAUAGUCUCUCAAAACCUUAAUGAUGGAGAAAAAUUAUUAUCCAGUGAACAUAUAAUGGUGCAAUUCAUGAAGAAUAACACCUGGUCCUCCAUGUUAGGAGAAACCUCUGAAUUACAUGCCGCUAAAGAUCAGCAUAAACACCAGAGGAGAUAUUUGAGAAGUCAUUCAGUAGACAACCUCUGUGAAAAUAAUGAAGCCAGUCAGUGUGGAAAAACCUUCAGCCAUAUUUUAAAUCUUACUGUGCUAAAAAGAAACCCUCCAGAUGUAAAUCCCUUUGAGUGCUGUGAGUGUGGAAAAGCCUUUGUGGAUCACUCAUCACAAAAACAUCCUACCAGACCUCUCACUGGAUGUCAUGUCUGUCAGUAUAAGGAACGUGGAGAAGCCUGCGGUUGUCCCUCUCACCUAACCAUGCAAAUAAGAACUCUUAAUGAAGAGAAGCCCCAUAAAUGUGAGACAUGUGGGAAGGACUUCAUUUGUAUCUCAACGCUUAAGAAUCCCGUCACAACACUCAAUGGUGAGAAAUGCUUUGAAAUUAAAGCAUGUGGGAAACAUUUCUUUAGUUUCUCCUCCUUUUGGACACAGGUGAGAGAUUAUAAGCAUGACUGUAAAGAAUGUUGUAAAACCUGUACUCGUCCUUCAUCCCUCUUAUUACAUAAAAAAUUUCAUAACAGGUUUAAGCCUUAUGAAUAUAAGAAAUGGAAAGCCUGUACUGAAGCCUCGUCUCUCACUCCACAUAUAAGUACUUAUAGUGGAGAGAGACUUUAUGUAUCUGAGCAAUAUGGGAGAGCCUUUAGUAAGUCAUCACAUCUCACUACACAUAUCAGAACUCACAAUGUGCAGAGGCCUUAUGAAUGUCAGGAAUUUGGGAAACGCUUUAGUAAUUCCUUAGCCCUCACUACAUGUAUAAGAACUGACACUGGAAAGAGGCCUUAUGAAUGUAAGCAAUGUGGGAAAUCCUUUACUUUUUCCUCAGCCCUUACUACGCACAUGAUUACUCACAAUGGAGCGAUGCCCUAUGAAUGUAAGGAGUGUGGAAAAGCCUUUAUUGAUUUCUCAGGGCUCUCUACACAUGUAAGAACUCACAGUGGAGAGAAACAUUAUAAAUGUAAAGAAUGUGGAAAAGCCUUUAGGAGUUCCUCACACCUCACUAUGCAUGUAAGAAUGCACAGUGGGGAAAGACUUUAUGAAUGUAAGGAAUGUGGGAAAGCCUUUAUGUGUUCCUCAGACCUCACUACACAUACAAGAACUCACACUGGCAAGAAGCCCUAUGAGUGUAAAACAUGUGGGAAAGCUUUUAGUAACUCCAGAGCCCUCAUAAAACAUACAAGAACUCACACUGGAGAGAGGCCCUAUGGAUGUAAGGAAUGUGGGAAAGCCUUUAAGCAACUCUCACACCUCACUAAUCAUUUAAGAACUCACAGUGGAGAGAGGCCUUAUUUAUGUAAGGAAUGUGGGAAAACCUUCAGGCAAGCCUCACACCUCAGUAUACAUAUAAGAAAUCACAGUGGUGAGAAAGGGUAUCAGUGUAAGGAAUGUGGGAAACCCUUUACUCGUUCUUCAUUCCUCACUGCACAUAUACGAACUCAUAGUGGAGAGCGGCCUUAUGAAUGUAAGCAAUGUGGAAAAGCCUUUAGGCAGGUCUCUACACUCGCUGCACAUACAAGGACACACAGUGGAGAGAGGCCUUAUGAAUGUAAGCAAUGUGGGAAAUCAUUUACAUCUUCCUCAGCCCUUACUAUACAUAGGAGAACUCACAGUGGAGAGAGGCCUUAUGAAUGUAAGGAGUGUGGAAAAGCCUUUAUUGAUUCCUCGGCCCUCACUACACACAUAAGAACUCACAGUGGAGAAAGACCUUACGAAUGUAUGGAAUGUGCCAAAACCUUUAGGAGUUCUACACACCUCACUAAGCAUAUAAGAACGCACAGUGGAGAGAGACCUUAUGAAUGUAAGGAAUGUGGGAAAGCCUUCAGGCAGGUCUCAGUCCUCAUUACACAUUUAAGGACACACAGUGGUGAGAGGCCUUAUAAAUGUAAGGAAUGUGGGAAAGCCUUUAGUUGUUCCUCAAACUUCAGUAUACACAGAAGAAUUCACACUGGAGAGAGACCUUAUGAAUGUAAGGAAUGUGGGAAAACCUUUAGGAGUUCUUCACACCUCACUACACAUAGAAGAAUUCACACUGGAGAGAGACCUUAUGAAUGUAAGGAAUGUGGGAAAUCCUUUAGUAAGGCCUCAAACCUCACUGCACAUAUAAGGACUCACAGUAGAAAGAGGCCUUAUGAAUUAUGAAUGUAACCAAUGUGGGAAACCCUUUAGUUGUUCCUCACCCCUCACUAUGUAUGUAAGUACAGUGGAGAGAGACCUUAUGAAUGUAAGGAAACUGGGAAAGCCUUUAGGCAGCUCUCAGCUGUCACUAUACAUAUAAGAACUCAGAGUGGAGAGAGGUGUUAUGACCUUGAGUCUUUCCUCACACCUCACUACAAAGUGCAGACUAUGUCAAAACUGGGGUGUUUCAUCCUUACUACCGUAAUUUCAAACAGCAGAUUUCUAACAGUUUGAAGAACAAAGUUUCUCUGUGAGUACAAAAGGAAUACUAACUCAAAAAAGGGGUCAUUAGAGCUACCUUUUGCCUUUGCGAGACGUGACAGUUUCAUUAUAACUGCAGGGCUAUGCGAAUCAGUGUUUGUUACUUUCUCCAUCCAAGCUAAAUUUUACCUUCCUUAAAGUCUUUGCCUAUUACAAAUAAUGCUGCAGGGAAUAGCCUCCAACAAAUGUGUUUUUAUGUUUUUUAAUGUUUUAUUGAUGUUAUUUUGCGUACAAUAAAACACACUGAUCUUGUAUUUGGUUUAAGAGUAUUUUGUUUCCAUAUUCAUGACAUUUCCUUCCAUUUUUUUAUUAUAAAAUUAAGUUUUACCCUUUAUAAUGAGUUUGUCAUAGGGCCGUAUGUUGAGAUUGUGCAAAUACUCUGUUUUUCAUCAUACUUUUUUUGGCCUGCUAAUUUUACUGUCGAUUGAUAAUUAUUGUCUAUGAUUAUUAAUAUUGUGUUUUCUGAAUGGUAUUUCCUGUUGUCAUCAUUUCUUCUGUAUUUAUUAAUUGGUAUUCUGCAAGGAAUAGAUUUUCCUUUUCUCUCUUUUAUUUAUUAAAUUGUUUAUGCCAGUAUAGGCUAAUCCACCUCAUCUGUCAGUUUGUGGUACUAUGGUGGCUUGCAUGUUGCUGUAAUGCUGGAAGCUAUGCCACCAGCAUUUAAAAUACAAGCAGGGUCACCUGUAGUGGACAGUUUUCAGUGGAGCUUCUAGACUAUGACAGACUAAGAAGAAAGACCUGGCAGUUUACUUCUGAAAAAAUUGGCCAUUGACAAACUUACGAAUAGCAGGAGGACACUCUCUGAAAUAGUGCUGGCAGAUGAGCCCCUCAGGUCAGAAGACACUCAAUGUACAACUGGGGAAGAGCUGCCUCUUCAAAGUAGAGUUGCCUUAAUGAUGUGGAUGGAUAAAGCUUUUGGGACCUUGAUUUGUUGAGAUGGGAUAUCUCAAAAUGAGAAGAAAUGGCUGCAAACUUCCAAUGAUGAUUGGAAUGUGGAAUGUACAAAGUAUGAAUAUAGGAAACUUGGGAAUAAUAGAAAAUGAAAUAGAACACAUAAAGAUCAAUAUCCUAGGCAUUAGUGAGUGAAAUGGCGUACUGACCUUUUUGAAUAUUAGAGUCAUGUGGUCUGCUAUGCCAGGAAUGACAAAUUGAAGAGGAAUGACAUCAAUUCAUCAUCAAAGAGAACAUUUCAAGAUUUAUCCUGAAGUACAACACUGUCAGUGAUAGGAUAAUAUCCAUAUGUCUAUACGAAAGACCAAUUAAUAUGACUGUCAUUCAAAUUUACCUGCCAACCACUACUGCAAGACAUGUAAAUUGAAGAUUUUUACCAAAUUCUGGGCUCUAAAGUUGACCAAACACACAAUCAAGAUGCAUUGAUAAUUACUGGUGAUUGUAAUGUGAAAAUUGGAAACAAAGAAGAAAGAUCAGUAGUUGGAAAAUAUGGCCUUGGUGAUAGAAAUGAUGCUGGAAAUCACAUGAUAGAAUUUUGCAAGACCAACGAUUUAUUGCAAAUGCCUUUUUCUAUACCAUAAAUGGUGCCUAUAUACAUAGACCUCGCCAGAUGAAAUACAAAGGAAUCAAAUCAACUAUGUGCAAAUCACUGGAGUUAGAAAACUAAAAGGGAAGAACACACUCAGCAUUUCUCAAGCUGAAAGGACUGAGGAGAAAAUUCAAGCCUCGAGUUGCAAUAUUAAGAAUUCUUUGUGGAGAAUACUGAACAAUAAAGGAAGCAUCAAAAGAAGAUGGAAGGAAUACACAGAGACACUGUAUUGAAAAGUAUUGGUUGAUGUUUAAUUAUUUCAGGAGGUAACAUAUGAUCAAGAACUCAUGGUACUUCUCCUACUCAUCUGGUGCCGAUAUAGUAGAAAUACCAAACAUGGAUGGCUUCCACAAGCAGAAAUUUAUUCACUCACUGUGUAGGAAGCUAGAAGUCCAAAUUCAGGGUACCGGCUACAGAGGAAGGCUUUCUCUCUCUAUCAGCUCUAUCCUUGUCAUCAAUAUUCACUGGCCAAGGAACUUCUCAGUGCAGGGACCCCAGGUCCAAAGGACAUGCUUGUCUCCUGAUUCUUGUUUCUAGGUGGUAUUAGGUCCCCUGUCUUUGUGCUCAUUUCUUUCCUUAAUAUCUCAAAAGAGAUUGGCUUUAAACAAAACCUAAUCUUGUAGAUUGACUCCUGCAUCAUUAACAUAACUGCUGCUAAUCCCACCUCAUUAACAUCAUAGAGGUAGGAUUUCCAACACACAGGACAAUCACAUCAGAUGACAAAAUGGUGAACAAUCACAAUAUUGAGAAUCAUGGACUAGCUAAGUUGACACACAUUUUGGGAGGACACAAUUCAAUCCAUAACAAUUAGUUAUGGAUUGAAUUGGAGUCCCACCUUCACUGAAGGCAUUGGUGGAAAACAAGGCUCUAGGAGUUGAUGGAA